GGAAGAGGAAGACCAGCUUGUGGUUUACGAACCAAAAUCUGUAGGGCUUUUUGACUGCCAGCUACUGUUCUUAUCAUGCUAACAGAACAGGAGUGCGACGAAAGAGAAUAUUUAAGAUGGAAGCAGGCGGCUUGAUGCCACCCUCCACACCCAGGUGCUCCAUAUCAGUGAUCUGUGUCAUUUUGAACUGGAACUCCCAGCAUCGCUAUGACGCAAUCGAAGUUCCGAGUUCUCCUCCUCCUCAUCACCCCCGUCAGCUUCCUCUCAGCCAUGUUCUUCUACAAUUUGCUGGAAAAUGGGCUUCAUCCGCUGAAACAUGAUCCAGAAGUUUCUCAAAGAAACAUCAACAUCCUGCUGUGGCACUGGCCAUUUGACCGCUCAUACAGUCUUGCUGGAGACAAAUGCCUUGCGAUGUACAACAUCAGCCGCUGUUUCCUCACUGAUAAUACCUCUGCCUUUUCAACUGCUGACGUGGUCGUGUUCCACCACCAGGAAAUCAGCAGAGGUGUGUCGUCAUUGCCCUUGCACCUUCAUCGCCCGGCCUCCCAGCGCUGGGUGUGGAUGUCCCUGGAGCCUCCAGUCAACAAUAUAAACUUAGCACAGUUCAAUGGUAUCUUUAACUGGACGAUGAGCUACAGACGUGAUGCAGACAUAUCCAUACCUUACGGACAGACAAUUCAAGGAGCUGAUGAGCGCAGCUUCCAGGCUGCUCCGAAUCGCUCCUGCCUCGUUAGCUGGGUAGUCAGCAGAUAUCAGGCUCACCAGGCUCGGUCUAGAGUUUACAAAAGUCUAAAGAAGUACAUCCCCGUAGAGGUGUAUGGCAGAUUUACCAAGAAGCUGCUGUCAGACAAGAACCUACUGCCCACCAUUGCAAAAUGUCUAUUUUACCUGUCUUUUGAGAACUCUGAGGUGAAGGAUUACAUAAGUGAGAAGCUCUGGAGGAAUGCAUUUCAAGCAGGGGCCAUACCGGUGGUACUCGGCCCCAGCCGGGCCACCUACGAGGCCCUGGCUCCCCCUCAGUCCUUUAUCCAUGUGGCUGAUUACAAGAGCACAGCAGAUCUGGCUGCUUACCUGAAGCAUGUGGCUCAAGACAGGCAAAUACAUGAUAGGUACUUCCAGUGGCACCACACUCACAGCAUAAAAACUUACACUGACUGGCGAGAAAGGCUGUGUCAAAUAUGUGUCAAGUACCCCAGUUUACCAGCCAACAGGGUCUACCAGGACCUAGAGAGCUGGGUAAACAGCUGAGAUAUCGUCUCCUCGUGUUGUCAGGUCACUGGGCUAGUUUGCUGUUACUGCCUGGUUACUACAUGCUUGCAUGUGUAUGGCGAAAUACCAUACAGUAAGAGUAUGUAGGAUGUGUCUGUUGGGACCUAGAGCUUGUGAACUACAGUUCGGCCUACAUGUUUAGCCAAAGCCUGUUACCACAUGUUUCUGUGUUCUGGAGACAAAGGAGAAUUCCAGAACUCAAUCUCCCAGGGUGCUUCAGCUUCACACCUUGGUGUUAAAACUUCCCCUGGACACAACUUUCAACGCCAUUGGUCACUGUGGGCCCCAUGAACCAUGAUGGCACUGUCCAAUAUAAGCCCCAUGUCAGUACACCUUUAGUUAGUGUGUUUAUACUUGUA